AUGGUGCUCAUAGGGCCCUAUCUCCUUAUGCCGAUCUUGUUGGUUGGAAUUGGGGUAAAGCUACAAGUUGGAGGUGACCAAAUGAAACCAUCUCGAGCACCUUUGAUCCCUCAUCGCCCAUUUGUUGUAGUCUGGAAUGCUCCUACAGAAUCAUGUCGCUUACGAUUCAAGGUGGACUUGGACCUCAACAUUUUUGACAUUAUAUCAAACCUGAACGAGACGCUGAGUGGACCAAAUGUCACCAUAUUCUACCACAGCCAUCUGGGAAGCUACCCAUACUACUCCAGUUCUGGUGUUGCCAUCAACGGUGGCCUGCCGCAAAAUCAGAGCAUAUCCAAACAUUUGAGCAAAGCCCGAGUGGACAUUGACAAGUUUAUUCCACACAAAGAUUUUCGAGGCCUAGGUGUAAUUGACUGGGAGAACUGGAGGCCUCAGUGGGUCCGAAAUUGGGGUUCCAAGGACAUUUACCGCAAAAAGUCCAAGGAACAGAUAAAAAAACUUCACCCAAACUGGCCAGAAAGCAAAGUUGAAAAGGAGGCAAAAGAAAGUUUUGAAAGGGCUGGGCAAGCUUUCAUGAAUCUGACCUUAGCGCUGGCUAAAGCUCGGAGGCCAAACGGAUUGUGGGGGUUUUACUUGUUCCCAGACUGUUACAACUAUGGCUACAAACAACACCCACAACACUACACUGGGGAAUGUCCCAACAUUGAGCAUGUCCGCAAUGAUCAUCUGAUGUGGCUCUGGAAGGCGAGCACAGCCCUCUAUCCAUCUAUCUAUCUAGAUUAUGAGUUGAAGUCCUCGCCAAACACGGUCAAGUUUGUCCACUAUCGAGUCAAAGAAGCUAUGAGGAUUGCCUCCAUUACACGGACAGAUUUCACGUUACCUGUUUUCAUCUACUCCAGACCAUUCUAUGCCUAUACCUUUGUUGUGCUUUCAGAGAGUGACUUGGUUCACACCAUUGGAGAGAGUGCUGCCCUGGGAGCGUCAGGAGUCGUCCUCUGGGGAUCAUCAGAGUAUGCUCAAUCACAGAAGAACUGCCUGACUGUGAAGAACUACAUCGAUGGGCCUCUGGGACAUUAUGUGAUCAACGUCACGUCUGCAGCCAAGCUGUGCAGCAAAGCACUUUGCAAGAAGAAUGGCAGAUGUGUUCGCAAGAGCCUGGAUUCGGGUGUUUACCUGCACCUCAACCCUCGUUUUUUUAACAUUCACCACAACCCAGCAGGCAGGAGCCCCCGUUUCCAUGUCAUAGGUCACCUCAACAACCACGAUAUCCUGGACAUGAAGCACAAGUUCACCUGCCAAUGCUACCAAGGCUGGACCGGCAUUUACUGUGAAAUCCCCCAGGCCUCGUCCCCUCCUCGUUCAUCACCACCUCUGCAUCCUGCCCAAUCUCCUCCCCUGAGGGGAAACGGCCUACUGGCAAAUAUUCUGCUCCUCAUUUCUCUUCAUUUCUCAUGUCUUUGCCUUAUCAUGUUCUUGGGACUCUGUUUGAUUCUGAAGUGUUUGAUCUUGUAG